AAUCCUGGUGGUGUUGAUUUCCAGGUAGGAAUAACGAAUCCUUAAUUAUUCGUUGUUGGCAUUAUGAAAAGUAUAAUUUAUAAUGUUUAUUGAUACAUCUACUAUGUGAGUGUUGGCGAGAAAUCGAUGAUGCCAUUUCACGUCUUUCAAUAUCCAUUUGUGCAUACCAAACUCAACAGCAUAAGAUGGACACUUGCUUGCUUAAAACAUGUUCGAAUAUUCUGCUUUCAGUUUCACAUCAGUAUGAAGGAAUAGCGAAACAAUUUUCGAAUUCCCCACUGAUCACGACAGUUUCACUAGGAAAACGAAGAAUACACAAGUAAUUAUUAAUGUGCUUAAUAUAAUCAGUUGCAGUCAACUAGGUCUUAGCCAAAGAUUGAAACGAGUUAUCUGGAAACUACUCAAGUAAAGCAGCAGUUUAGCUAGCCAAGUCACCGUGACCACAACAUUCCAUGUCACCUACAGUCGGUUUAGUUCCAGGUUAUGUGUGGUUUACUCAGACCGACCAUCUAGAAAGAGCUACUACUUCCACCUGAUUGCUUCACACUUACUCAUGUUACUCAUUAUUAUAUAUUGUCAAAACAUCAUAAGUUAAUUUAAUUCGAGGUUGAUUCCAAGCCAACUCAAACCUCUUACCGCAACAUCCGAUGAAGAUCGGGGUUGGUUUAAGGCCAAGAUGGUGGAUAUAGCUCACCAGUUUUUAAACAACAACCCAAAGGAGAAGAGUAUUUUAAAUUCCCAACAUUUCAAAGCCUUGAAAGAGCUACGGGAAAAUUCUAAUAUAAUUAUUACUAAACCUGAUAAAGGUUCUGGAGUCGUCAUUAUGAAUAAAAGUGACUACAAAUCUAAAAUGAUGUCUAUUCUUGAUGAUAAGAGCAAAUUUAGUCGUGAUCCCUCCUCAGAAGAUAUUCAGUUGUUGCAGGGCACAGUGACAGCUAAUCUACUGAAGCUUCAUGGCCUAAAUGCUAUAAGUAAAGAUAAACUGGACUCAUUAAAACCGUCAGAUAGUAAAUUCCCACAUAUGUAUGGGUUGCCGAAAAUACAUAAACCCAAUAAUCCUCUACGUCCUAUAUUGUCAAUGUGCAAAUCCCCAACGCAUAAACUUGCUAAAUGGUUAGUGGAAUUAUUGAAUCCAGUCAAAACACAAUUCUGUAAGUAUGUGUUAAAAGAUACAUUUGAAUUGGUUGAUGUUCUUGAUGAUAGUAAUAUUAAUAUAAUGAACAAGAAUAUGUACUCUUUUGAUGUAAACUCGUUAUUCACUAAUGUGCCUUUGAUCAAAACAGUUGACAUUUUGUGUGAUUAUAUUUCCACAAACAAUUUUUUCAUCCCGUUCCCUAUAUCUUACUUAAAAGAUUUAUUACUUCUAUGUACUAACAAUGUUAGGUUUACAUUUGAAGGCGACUGUUUCCGCCAAGUUGAUGGUGUUGCUAUGGGCAGUCCGUUAGGGCCCCUUUUAGCAGAUAUUUAUAUGUCGUACAUUGAGAAUUUAUCGGAAGAUUUAAUCGAGAAUGUGCCACUUUAUAGAAGGUAUGUAGAUGAUAUCGUAGUCAUCAGUGAUAAGUCUUGUUCUGCCACCUAAAUUUUAAAUCGAAUGAAUGAAGUUCAGAAUAGCAUAUCACUUACAUCUGUAGAAGAGGAAGAUAAUUGUUUAUCUUUCCUAGACAUAUUGCUUAGUCGAUGGCUUGAUGGGUCAAUAAAAAGACCUAUUUAUAGAAAACCUACCUGGACAGGACAGUAUCUUAAUUACCACAGUUUCUGCCCUAUUCGGUACAAAAGAGGCUUAGUAAGGUGCCUCUUCAAUAGAAUCCGACGAAUAUGCACUGAAGACACGCUUGAUGAAGAGUAAAAAAUAUUGACACAAACUCUGGUUGAUAACAAUUAUCCAGUAAAGUUCAUCGGGAGAUAUAAAGUAGUCAGAACACCAAGACCCACUCUCCAACUCGCCCCUAAGAAAGACGUGUACAUCAAGCUACCCUAUAUGGGACAUCAAAGCAGCUUGAUAACUAGACAAAGGCUGAACGCUGCUGUUAAAAAGACUUUUUAUGCAGCUAAUAUCAUAAUAUUAGAGAAUGUUAAGCCAUUAUAUCUAUCUAAGCCCUUCGAACAUGCGAAAAAUGACGUCACAUCCCACUGUAUUUACCAAUUUGAAUGUACAUGUGGACACACAUACAUAGGGAGGACUCAUCGAUCUCUGCAAGUAAGGGCUUCAGAGCAUAUUCCAAAAUGGCUCCAGAAACAAAUGGAAUCAUCAGAACCUAUUAACGGUGAGAACAGGAGACCUAGCUCUUCUACUGCGAAACAUAUUAUAGAGACAGGUCAAAAAAUUGAUGUUGACAGAUCUUUUAAACCUAUCUAUAAAACGUG